AUGGUUUCUCAAGACCAAAGUAAGGACUCUGGCUCCAAAAAAAAUGGAGGUAAGGAGCUUGGAAUGGUAACUCCUCAAGACAAGCCCUUGAAGAAGAUGAAGUUUGUUUCAUCUGUUGAGACAGAACCAACCAGCUCAACAACAAUUUCUGAGGAUUCAAAGUUAGGUCGAGGUAUGAGCACAAUGCCUCGUGUUGUGAAGAGAAAAUUUCAGAAAAUCAAGCCAGUUGUUGAGUACAAUAAAAGGGGGAAAGCCGUUGACAUGGCUUUUGUGGUAGGUCAAGGGGGCAAGAACUCGGUGUUAUCUUCUGCUGCCAAGAAAUGGAAGGAUUUCAAGUCUACACUAACGAGGCAUUAUAUCCUUCCAUACAUCAAGGAGAGGGAGAAAUUAAGCCAACCCCCUGAAAUAUAUAAAUUCAUAGAGAAAGCAGAAUGGGAUGCCUUUGUAGCUUCAAGGAUAUCUAAAGAAUUUGAGUCUGUGCAUUCUCAACAUUCACAGAUUAGGGAGAAACUUGAGUACAAUCAUCGAUUGUCUCGAAAAGGAUAUGCUGGUUUGGAGGAUCAAUUGGAGGAAACCAUGCUUGGGGUAGAAAUUGAUCGAUCUACCUUAUGGAAGAAAACUAGACAAGACAAACAUGGUAACAUCCCAGAUCCAAAGGUGGCAAAGAAAGAAAAAUUAAUUGUAAGCCUACACACUAUGUUUUAA